AUGGUAAAGGCACCUGUAUUGUCGACCGCUUCCCAGCAGCAGCAGCAGAAGGCACAGUGCCCGAAGGAGAUCAUCCAUCAGCCGCCCGGAUCCGGCGCAGUGACGGCGCAGGCCGUGCUGAUCCAGCACCACCACCACCACACGCAGCCGCAGCACCAUCCGCACCACCACCUCCACCAUCACCACCACCAUCAGCAGCAGCCACAGCCACAGCAGCCGCAGCAUCCACCGCCGCAGCCACUAUUUAGCUUUCCUCCACCGCUGGCGGCGGCCACCACAACGACGGCCUACUAUCCGCUCGCGGUGAAGAAGCACCGGCGGAUGCAGAUGGCCACUGAGCCACCACCGGUCGGCAGUGGGCCCGGCAGCGGGAUCGUGGUCACGAAGACGGCUACGACGGCCGCCAUCGCCGUGGUGGCACCGACCGCCCGGAAUGCGCUGAGCACGUGCGCCACAACGGUGGGGCCCGCUGCCGUCACCGUGGUGGGUGGCACGGGCGGCGGAACCGCCAGUGGUCCAUCGGCACCCCCCAUCCUGACCCUCACACCGAGCAGCAGCGGGGCCAGCGCGGCGGUGGCGGCCGGCGGCAUGAAGCCUGCGCCAACGCUGCAACAUCAGCGCAUCCAGUCGCUGCACCACAUCCACCACCAUCACCACCAUCAGCUGAUCAACGGGCUGCCGGGGCCACCGCCGGCCCAAAGCAUCCCGGUGGCCAACGCCGCCGCCGCCAGCGCCGCCGCCGCCGCCGGGGCCGCCACGUGGCCGGCUACCGUCGUCGAGCCGGUGUUUCACUUCGGGCCCGGCUUCGAGCUGCAAACGCGCCCCUACUGUCCGGCCCAUCCGCCCUCGGAGCACGUGGUCCUGUUCCACGUCCGGCCCGGCGUGUCCGUCACCUUCCAGAUCGCAGGCAACCGCGAAACCGUGCGAGGUCCCGUAACGCUCCCGAUGGUGUCCCAGAAUGGCAAUCCACCGAUGGCGAUGCCGAUGCAGGUUCCACACGGUCACAUGAUGCAGCAGAUAGUGGACGAAAAUGGGACGCUGCGGCACGUGAUCCUGUCCACCCAGCCGCAGCAGCUCGGCCAGGGCGGUGUGCAGCACCACCUUCAUCCGCCAUUCCUCAACGGGACGACGGCACCGUUCUAUAGUCCGAUUGCGAGCUUCCAGACCGGCCCGGGUGCUGGAGCGCCACAGAUGUAUCCGCCCCAGCUGCUGGCGGCCGGUGCCGGAGCGAACGGGGGUAGUGGUGGCGCGGGAGGCGGAGGAGCGGGCGGCGGAACGCACGUUCUGCACACACCACCACAGGGCAACGUGACCCAUUCGCCGUCGCCACCGCACACCAACACUAGCUACCAUAAGGACGAGCGAGCCCAGCGACAGUACUCGAAGCUGCACCGAAAGUUGGACCAGAAACGAAGCGAAUUAAAUGCAUCGUCAACGCCGCCCAUCAACUCGCCCCGUAAGCAUCCCGAGCAGAACGGGGGCAGCAUUCUGAGGAAGGCGCACCCUUCGCACCACUUACUGCCUAAUCACGUGCACCACCGGAACGGUGGUGGCACCGUGCUCAGCUCGGGCGCGCCCACACUGCUGGCGGCCGCUGUUAAUGUGGCGCCGUCGGAGGAAGAACUGUCCGCGAGCGCCCAGGAUGAGGAGGAGGAGAGCCGGCAGGCAAUCAUUGUCGAUCACCUCAGCUCGGUGCCGUGCCCGCAGGUCACGGAAAUCACGUCCCGGUCGGCGCUGCUCCAGUGGUCGCCGCCGACGCCCUCGCUGCAGCCGGGCUCCGGUGCUAACAAUGGGGUCGCGGAGCCGCUCCCGUUCAACGUGCAGGAUCUGCGCUACGAGGUGCUACUGAGCGACCACGGCAAGGAGAACAAGUAUAAGAGCAUCUUCAAGGGCGAGUCGCUGUCGUGCAAGGUGCAAGAUUUGCGCCCCGGCCAGGAGUACACCGUCCGGCUGCAGGUGUACCUGGAGCAGCUGCACGGGCAGCCGACGGAGGCGACGGUGUUCGAGACGCCCGGCUGCGAACCGGAUGUGCCGGCGCCGCCGAAGCUUCUCGCGCGCACCAAGAACUCGCUGCAGCUGCGUUGGAACGCUGCGGUCGAUAACGGGUCCCACAUUAUCCACUACAUCCUCGAGUACGACAGUGGCAAGGGCAGCGGGACGGUGCGUGCGCCCUGCUACGCGUACGACUUCGUGGAGGUCUGCAAGACGAAGGGCAAGCAGUUCACCAUCAACAAGCUGCUCCCGUCGACGUACUACGUGUUCCGGUUGUCGGCGGUGAACGAGUUCGGUCGCAGCGGGUUCUCGGAUCUGGUAAAGUACAGCACGGUCGGCAGCGCACCGGCGCAGCCCGCCCCGCCGACGCUACGCCAGGCAUCGGCCACCGCCCUAAGGCUCGCCUGGCAGCGUCGGUCGCAGUGCGAGGAGUACACGCUGCAGAUGAACGACGACCAGGGGUACGGCUACCGGAACGUGUACACCGGCGCGGACACGCUGUACGAGUGUGCCGGGUUGCGGCGCGCCUCCACAUUCCAGUUCCGGCUGCGGGCCGAAAACGAUAACGGGCGGGGCCCGUGGAGCGAGGAAGUGGUGUUCCGCACGCUGCCCACGUGCCCGGGCCGACCGACGAAGCCGCAGGUGAAGGGCAAGGUGCACGCCAAUAGCUUCAAGGUGAAGUGGGACGCACCGCAGGAUACGGGUGGGGCCGAUAUUAUGCUGUACCAUCUGGAGAUCAGCUCCGGGGCGCUGUACGAGCGCGUGUACAGCGGCAAGGAGUCGGAAGCGAUGAUCGAACGCCUCAACCCUGGCACGGCCUACCAGAUCCGGGUGCUGUGCGAGGGUCCGGGCGGCAUUAGCACGUUCUCCGAGCCGUGCCUGGUAACGACGGAACCGGUCACACCGUCGCAGCCGACCCGACCGUUCUGCAAAUCGCCGCCGACCCCGUACGCGGCCUGUCUCGCCUGGGAGGAGCCGGACUACAACGGUGGCACGCCGGUGCUCGAGUACGAGAUGGAGGUCGAAGCGAACGGCAAGGACGACGAGAAGGUGCGCAGCUCGGUGUACCGUGGCAAGGAACUGUUCUGCGUCGCCAAGGACCUGCAGCCCGGUGGCCAGUACGCGGUGCAGGUGCGGGCCAUCAACCGCAUCGGCGCCGGUCCGUGGUCGGAGGAGUUCCGGUUCAGUGCGGGUGCCACGGCCCCGGCUGCGCCCUGCGAUCUCACGAUCGCGCUCAAGUCGCCAACGCAUUUAGCUGUGAUGUGGACCGAACCGCCCAACAAUGGAGCAGCGAUCGCCGAGUACAUUCUUCAAUCCAGUGCCGAUCCCGUGUCCGAGACCGAGUUCGAGGACACCAGUGCCGCCGUCGCCGCCCUCUUUCACACGGUGUACCGAGGGCUGAACCGCACCGCGGACGUGCGCAAUCUGCAACCGUUCGGGCGCUACCUCUUCCGGGUGUGUGCGGUGAACGCGGCCGGCAGCUCGCGCUUUUCGGUGCCAAUCGGUCAGCAGAUGCCUGCUGCACCACCGAACGCUCCCACCAUCGGCGAGCAGAAGAUAACGGCCAAAAGCAUACUUAUUAGCUGGCAGACACCGCACGACAACGGGUCGCCUGUCACGCAGUACCACAUCGAGUGUGGCGAUCGGCUGAUCACGACCGACGCGGCGAGUGCCAGCGAGGCCGCGGCCCACGCCGAUCGGCAGACGGCGCCGGUCGAGGAGGAAGAAGAGUACGAUGGCUCCGUCGGCGCCGCAGCCGGUGACGAGGAAGACGAAGACUACGAGGAAGCGUCCGUCGGAAGCGGUGCGUCAUCGUGCGAUGAGGGAGUUGACGAGGAGCCGCACGAACCGCUGCCGCUGGACAGUGGUAAGCUGGUGGGACCGCGACUGGGUCACCUGUCGGUGUCCGGUAGCCCGGCGCACUCCUCGAAAAGCGCCGGACACAAAAGCAACUCCUCGCUAGUGGCCACCGACCCGUCGACGGCGUCGAACCGAAACAUGCUGCUGAUCGGCGAUCUGCACCCGGAGACGACGUACAAGCUGCGGAUACAGGCGGUGAACAGUAUCGGCACCGGGCCGUUUUCUAAUUUCAUCAAAUUCACCACCGCUCCACUGCCACCGAAGCCACCGAAGCUCGAGUGCGCCCAGGCCGGCUUCGCCCACCUGAAGCUGCGCUGGGGCGAAGGCAAGAACCUCGAUCUGGCGCGCUACUACGUCGAGAUGGAGAACAAUCGGACGGGCGAGUUCCACAGUGUGUACACCGGCACCCGGACCACCUGCAAGGUGGCGAAGCUGCACGAGCUCACCGGCUACACGUUCCGCAUCUGCGUGGAAUCGCGCCACGCGGGCAAGGGCGACUUUUCCGAGGGCUUCACCUUCUCCACGACGGCAGCCUCUCCGAACAGCAUCAAGGCACCGAGGGUGUGCGUAGACCCCGCGGCGGGCACCACCGGUGGCGCACCACUGGACAUGCGCCACGGUUCGCUGACGAUCGAAUGGCAAACGAGCCGCAACAAUCCGUUCUCCGACCCGAUCGAGUACAUUCUGCAGAUGGCCAAAGCUAAGGACCAAGAUUUUCAUCAGGCCUAUCGCGGUCCCGAGUCGCGGUUUACCGUGCAUAACCUUCAGUAUGGUGUCAGCUACGCGUUCAAGGUGUGUCCUGUGCGCGUCCGACAGAACGGUGAUCACGUGAGCGGUCAGUUUUCACCGGUUCUUCACCACCACCUAACGCCCAGCAGUGUCGGUGUGGGACGGUCCGCCUCGGGUGCCCUCGGCGGAGUAGCUGGCAGUGGGCAGCAACGGGGCAACGGUGCCGACGAGGUCGACGGACGGACCAUGUUCCAGGGCAACGUGGUCAACAGCCGCGGUGAGCUGAUACUAACCGGUAAGUCUUCGGCUGGCGGGUUGCUGGCGGGCAACCCGAACGGGUACGGACCGGAGGUGGCCGGACAUCACGGCACGAAAGGCGGUGCUGGUGGGACCGGCAGUGCUGCGUCCUCGACUCUGCGCCAGCUGCAGCAGUUCUUCGAGCCCGACUCCAGCAAGGCGGUCGCCUUUGUGAUUGUGUUUUUCUUGCUGUCGAUCAUCGUGGCCGCUUUCCUCAAGUAG